AUGCAGCGCGUCCGGGCGGCAGAGGCGGCCUGUGAGUCGCGGCGGCUGGCGGGGAUGGGGCUGGCGGAGCAGCGGAAGGCCAUCGUGGCGGGUCUGCGGAAGUCCGUUGCGGAGAUGCGGCAGGACGUGCCCGGACUGAACAACGAGGACGUGCUCAAUCUGCUCAUGAUCAACCAGUACUACGACACCAUGAAGAGCGUGACGGAGAACAGCAGGGGCAGCCUCCUCUUCAUCGAGGGGGCGAGUGGGCUGCAGUCCUUCUCGAAGGAGCUGCGAAGCGGCAUGGCGCAGACAAUGCGAUGA